AUGUUUUUUCCACAUGUGGCUAUUUCAAUUGCACUUGCAGUUCAAAAAGAGCUAGAGCUAGGGAUAAUCCAUGAUGUCUACAAUAACAAGACAUACAUUGGACGACGUGGCAAAGGUGCCUAUUAUGAUGGAGAGAGAUUGCAGGUUACCCCAGUUCAAGAUUUGAAGGAGGCCAUGAUCAUCUCAGAACUAGGUUCAAGCAGAGAUGUAGCACAUAUGGACAAAGUAUUCAGGAAUCUGAGGAAUGUGGGAAGCGGGUGCAGAGGGAUGAGAUGUCUUGGAUCGGCAGCUCUCAACAUGUGCUUAGUUGCAAAAGGCAUUUCUCAUUCAUACUAUGAAUAUGGGAUCCAUUGCUGGGAUAUUGCAGCUGGUGCUCUAAUUGUCAGGGAAGCAGGAGGAGUUGUCCUAGAUCCUAAUGGCGGACCACUAAACCUAAUGUCCAGGAGAGUUCUGUGUGGAUCUGAUGUGAGUCUAUGCUCCCAGAUAUCUAGUCGUCUCACCCACAUAGAUUUAGAGCACGACUGAGAACAUUCCACGUUAAAUUAAGGGGCUGCUUAUAUUUUAAUGGCGUAUAUAAAUUCGUAUGUAGAUUUGACUUAGGUUACGUUUUGCAAUUUCCUUUUCCUGCUCUGCAGCAUUGUGAAACUCUUUGGUAUCCUGGUUUGUGUUCAGGAAGGAAGGACCCUCAUUACUGUGUAAAAUGAAUCACUUUUAUUUUGGAUAGUGAAUGAAUUGGAAAACAAUCGGUUUUAUAAGUUUACAAACUAUUAUUCAGUGGUGGUAUGUUAGUUACAGAGUUAUGCUUGUUUGAUCAUUGAGCUGUGUUAAUACAUUUAUUUAAUUCUAUUUUAUUCUUUCAGUUGUGAUAUUGCACAUUAAUUUACAUACUCGUCUUCCAUAGAUGAUCAUUCAUAUUGUCUGUAUUAUUUCCUGUACCUGUCUGAAGUGUUGAUUAAUUGGAUUCAAGCAAAGAAACAAACACGCACGAUUAUGAUUUAUGACGCACGUUCGCAAUCCUUCAUUUCCUUUUUUAUUAUUCUUUUUUUACAUAGAUGGCAGCACCAUACGUGUUUGAACACGACUUGUCCCCCAUCCUUGACAAAUUUAAGACUCGCCUAUCAGCAUAAAUAUAACUGACUAUUUUAGCAUAAAAAUUAUUUGGAGUCCUGUUAUAGGAUAUAAAACAGUAAAUAAACAGCAAACGUGUGCCUGCUAUAUUCAGAUACGUGAUAUUUAAAUGUUCAAACAGUCCCACAAAACAAGUGCAUGUAGGUACGUGAAGCAAAUAUUUAUAUAGACUGGUACCUAUCUUGAAAUGUAUACUAAGUUAAUUAACCUAAUAUAGAGACAGUGUUCCGGUCUCGCGAGAAAAAAAAUCGCGUGCUAGGUUUGUUGACAUAUGUAAACAAAUCUCAUUUGAAAUGCAGAUUUGUGCACAUAUUGGUGGAAAGAAUGUUGUGCGAGUGUUCUAUGACGUUAGUCUUACUAUAUACAUAUGGUGUUAUGCGAGGAGCAACGUGUAGCGUCUUCUAAUGAUUAUUAUAGUGAAUAGAUUUGAAGAUGCUUGUAGAUAAAGUU